AUGAUGAUGUCAAUGACGACACUCUGGGCUCUGGAACUCUGGUCCAGCGCUUGCAAGAGCGACUAUGCUCGGUGCUCGAUUCUCUCCCGCUGGGAUGACGGCGACAAGUCUCGAAAGGCCCCCGAGUACUUCAGUCGCGGCAAGCGCGCCCCCGCUGCGUCCACGCCCGUCCACGCCCGUCACAGCGGCCGCCGUGCUCUGCAGCGCGCUGAGGAGGCGGGAAAAUCGAUAUUGCACUCCCCCCAGCCUCCCUCGUCCCACUCCCCCAGCAUCCCGUUGGGCCUCGGCUGGGCUGGCCUUGGCCAUGGUUGGGAGUCCCGUCGCUUCCGCCUGCCGCAGACGCCUCGCCUGCUCGUGCCUGCUCGUGCCUGCUCGUGCCUGCCUCUGCGGAUGGCCCAGCUGGAACGAACUGAAGAAUGCAACGACAAUAGACCCCCAGACUAGACCAGCCAAACCCUAACCGUUGUCUCUCGUUUCCCACGCCAUGCCUCCACCGGGCUCGUUCACGUCGUCUUUGUUGUCUGUUUUGUUGUUUUUCCUACUGUCUUUGACCCUUCGCUACGUCGUUUGUCCGUGCAGCAGCAGCCGCCGCCCCAUUG